AUGGAAACAAAGAAUAAGGUAGGAUUUAUGGAGUUCUUGCGAAGGAGAAUUGGAAGGGAUUUUGGGAACAGCUACUAUGUGGAGCCGAAUGGUCUUUCAGGAGGACUAGCCCUUUGGUGGAAUGAUAACGUUCAUAUAAAUAUUUUGGCUUCUUCUAGCAAUAUUGUGGAUGCCAAUGUUUUUUUGCAUGAUCGCAAUGUUUCUUGGCAUAUGUCCUUUGUGUAUGGCAGUCCAGCUAGAGAAAACAAAGCUAAAAUUUGGGAAGCUUUGGGCAACUUAAAUUUUGCAACUUCAGAAUUAUGGGCUUGUAUUGGGGAUUUUAAUUCCAUUAUCUCUCAAGAUGAAAAAUGGGGAGGAAAUGACAUGAGGAACUCUCAGGUUCAGGAUAUGAUACAGUUUAUUAAUCAAGCUGCUCUUUUGGACUUAGAGUGCAAGGGACCUCCCUUUACUUGGUACAAUAAGCAGUUUGGGGAGAAUGCUAUUCAAGAACGCCUUGACAGAUUUGAGGAAAAAUGGCUUCAGCAUCCAGAUUGUAACUCUGUCAUAGCAACAGCUUGGAAACAGCCAAUUACAGGUUCCCCCAUGUUCUCGGCAGUGCAGAAGCUAAAAUCAUGUCGAAAGUCUCUAGCCAGAUGGAAUACUGAAGUGUUUUGUGGUAAUAAAGCUAAAAUUAAGAACCUUCAUCUUCAACUGGAGAACCUGUAUAAUCAUCCUAUGGAGGAGGGGAAUAGAGAAGUUGAAUAUAAGAUAUUGUCUCGCCUCAAUGAGUUAUGUAAAAGAGACGAAGCUCACUGGAAACAGCAUUCUCGUAUAUCAUGGCUGAUAGAGGGGGACAAGAAUACUCGUUUCUUCCAUUUAUCUACCAUCCAAAGGCGGCAUCGCAAUUCAAUUGUUAGAUUACAGCAAGCCAAUGGUGAAUGGAUUGACGCUGAGCAUCAUAUAAAGGAAGAAAUAGUUUCUUACUUCCAGAAUUUAUAUAGUAAGAGCCCCACUCAAGGCGAAGAAGAUGUUAUUAGUUUCCUUCCCAAAUGUGUUACUCCAGAGAUGAACAACUCCCUGCUAGCUCUGGUGAUAAAUGAGGAAAUUAAAACUGUUGCUUUUGCUUUAGGAGGAUCAAAGGCUCUUGGACCGGAUGGUUUCUCAGGGCUAUUUUAUCAACAAAAUUGGGAUACAGUAGGGGAAGAUGUCUGUUGUGCUAUCAAAAUUGUUUUGCUUAAACCUUGGAUGGAUUAUCUUAUUUCUCAAGAUCAAGCAGCUUUUAUCCCUUCAAGGGCUAUUCAAGAUAAUAUUAUAAUAGUUCAUGAAGCUUUCCACUUUUUAAGAACUUCUAAUAGUAGAAGUCAUUCCAUGGCUAUCAAACUUGACAUGCAUAAGGCCUAUGACCAAGUUGAUUGGGAUUUUUUGGAGAAGGUUCUUACCCAACUCGGUUUUGACAGAAGAUGGGUGAAGCUUGUGAUGCAGCGUGUAUCUACUGUUAGUUUUUCAAUUCUUAUCAAUGGUGCUCCAUCUGAGUCUUUCAUACUUACUCGAGGUCUCAGGCAAGGAGAUCCUCUAUCACCAUAUUUGUUCCUAUUUGUUUCUCAAGCUCUCUCUAGUCUUAUUGCUCAUGCAAAAGAAUUAGGACAGAUUAAAGGCCUAAAGAUCAAUAGAACCACUCCGGUCAUUACAAAUGUCCUUUUUGCCGAUGAUACUUUGCUUUUUGGGAAAGCUAAUAAAGGUGAAGCUAUGGCUAUUAUGAGUAUUAUUGACAGGUAUUCAGCAGCAUCAAGUCAGAAGGCAAAAGAGGCAGCUGCUAUCAAGUUAAUACCAGUUGCACCAAUGGGAUGUCAGGACUCUAUUGUUUGGUACUUUGAUAGAUCAGGAGUUUACUCUGUGAAAUCAGGCUAUAGAUUUCUGGUGAAUAAAGCUCGUAAUGCUAAUGCUCAGCAUCCUCAUCAGUCUUUUUCCAUAUCUAAGGAUGUAUGA